AACGAGGAGAGCGGUCUAGAGGUGGACGACAGGAUCAGAGACAAAUUGCCUCCCAUAUGUUGUGCUCCCUCUACGGUGCAGAGCUGCCCCCUUUGUGUGCGGACGUGCGACAGAAGCAGCGCUUCUCCAUCGACACUCUGCCCCAGGAAGUGAAAGCUCCUUUCCCUAGCGACCCCGUCAUUCCGCUCCGCAACAAAACUGCCCGACAGUUCCAGGAGGAUAUGGAGAGUGCGUUGACAUCGGGCGACUGGAGAGAAGUCUAUGAGUUUUAUCUCACCACGUUCGAGUCCUUCCUGGAGCUCAAUGCUGCUUUUAAGAGAGAGGCCAACGCUCCGUUCAACACCAUCGAGGACUCGGGGGUCAACUCUAAAUUCAUCAACGUUGUUUUUGAUGCCUUACCUCAGGCUCCCCAGGAGGUCCAGAAGUCUGUUCUGAAGGGGAUCAUAAACAGCCUGUUGAGGGAGUGGAAGGGGCCGCGGACAAAAGAUGACCUCAGAGCGUACUUCAUUCUGGUGCAGAACCCUCAGUACUCCCACACCAGCACAUAUGUGAUCUACGCUCAUCUGCUGAGACAGAUAGCAUCACUCUCUGAGGCGGACCAUCACUUCCUCAUGCACUGGUUUAAGAAACUGUCUCCACGCAGGUUCAAGCAGCUGGUCGAGCGUCUGCAACAGUUCAUCUCCACCCGCCUGUUUUCUGCCACGCCCGAUGACCUUCCGCCAAUCAGCAAGUGCUCCUGGUGGAUCCCCUCGGCAACCAGAGUUUUGUCUCUCCUUAAUGCAGCCAACAGCCUGUCGUCGCCCUCCAUCCUGUCCUACACGGAGUUCUACAACACGGCCCUGGACCAUGUGGACUACAUGGGGGAGUACCGCACCUGGCAGUGCCAUGGCAACUCCAGCAAGUUUUCCUUCUGCCAGUUUCCCUUCAUCCUGUCAGCAGCGGUGAAGAAAGCCAUCAUUCAGAGAGACUCGGAGCAACAGAUGAUCAGCAUAGCCAGGCAAAGUCUGGUGGAUAAAGUGUCCCGCAGGCAGAGAGUGGACAUGAACCUGCUGUUCCUCAACAUCAGAGUGCGCCGCACCCAGCUGCUCUCAGACUCACUGGAAGAGUUGAGUAGGAAGAGGGCUGAGCUGAAGAAGAAGCUGAGGGUGACGUUUGUGGGCGAGGCAGGCCUGGACAUGGGAGGUCUCACCAAAGAAUGGUUCCUGCUGCUCGUCAGGCAGAUAUUCCACACGGACUACGGCAUGUUCACGUAUCUGAAGGAGUCCUGUUGUCACUGGUUCAGCAGUUGGAAGUGUGACAGCCUCUCUGAGUUCCAGCUCGUCGGGACGCUCAUGGGACUAGCUGUGUAUAACAGCAUCGCCCUGGACAUUCACUUCCCACCCUGUUGCUACAAGAAGCUUCUGUCUCCGCCCAUAGUGCCAUGUGACCACAACACCCCAGUUGGCAUGGCGACGCUGGGCCUUGAUGACCUGCAGCAGGUGAUGCCAGAUCUUGCCCAUGGACUCAGUGAGUUGCUCCACUAUGAGGGAAAUGUUGAAGAGGAUUUUUAUUUGACUUUCCAGGUUUUUCAGGAGGAGAUGGGAGUGGUGAAGUCAUACAACUUGAAGCCAGGCGGAGACAAGAUCCCUGUCACCAAACUCAACCGAAAAGAGUAUGUGCAGCUGUAUGUGGAUUUCCUCCUCAAUAAGAGUGUUUAUAAGCAGUUUGCUGCCUUCUAUUACGGCUUCCGCGGCGUGUGUGCGUCAGACGCGCUGAUGCUGCUGCGUCCUGAGGAGGUGGAAGUUCUGGUGUGUGGCAGUCUGGACCUGGACAUGGUGACCCUACAGAAAGAAGUCCAGUAUGAGGGAUACAACAGAACCGACACCACCAUACGGUUUUUCUGGGAGGUGGUGUUAGCAUUCCCUGUAGAACUUCAGAGGAAGUUGCUUCACUUCGCCACAGGAAGUGACCGGGUGCCCGUGGGUGGCAUGGCCCACCUGAGCUUCAAAAUCUCCAGGAUCGAUGUCUCCACUGACUGGUUACCCAUCUCCCACACCUGCUUCAACCAGAUCUGCCUCCCUCCAUAUAGGAGCAGGAAAGAGAUCAAACACAAGCUCACCAUCGCCAUCUCCAAUGCAGAGGGGUUUGGGUUGGAGUAGUGUGUGUGUGUGUGUGUGUGUGU